CGGUUCAGUUCAGCAGCGGAAAGCUAGACGAACGAACGAGCGUUUCAGUGCGAAGAAACGGAGAGAGGCAUCAUAUUGCGUCGUACUCUGGUAAUUCCUACAUCACAUCCGCGAACGGUGUGCCCUUCGAAAGAUACAUUCCCACCGCGUGAAGAGUUAUUAUUUCGGUUAGGGUGUACAGUGUGUCCUUAAGCCUGGUGAGCGAAACAGCAAAAGUGAUCAACACGUGGAGAAAGUGCGCAGAAAGGCAGUGUUUUCUCUCUCGUUGCGAGCGGAAGUCGGAAUCCUCGACCGCUUUUGUUUACCAACAAAACAGUUCAACAAUUCCACACCUUGCUCUGUGUUACCACACUGACGUAGCCGUGGCGCGAACAGACCCCAGCAGCAGCAAGCCUGCCUGCCAAAUGAAAGGAAAAGUUGUUCCAAAAAUACCACUUCAUAACAGCGACAGCUAGCAGCAAUUAGAGCGGACGACAAUCGGAUCGAGAUCGACGACGAAACCCUAGGCAGUGGGACGGUUAUUAAUCCCCGCCAAGUGAAACCAUACCGAAACAAGGAAGAAGCCAUUCGAUGCUUGGCCACAACUACGAUUAACGAAGAUACACACGCAUACACUCAUUCGUCUGUGACCUCUAACUGGCUGCAAACGCACCACACACGGGCCAAGAGCAGUACAGAAGGCUAACAAAAAAAGUCGGCCAACGUGCUAAGGACAGACUGCACACGAAACGGGGGAAACAUCGUCGGCCAAGGACUUUUGCCAAGGAGACAGCAAGCGAGCAUCAUGGAUAUCUACUACAUGAGCGACAGCAUCCAGUACUCGUCGUUCCGCGGGCCAACUUACCGGGACUACGAGAAGUUCCCGUACGGCACGCUGGAGAACCCGCUGAACAAUCCCGUCUCGAAGAGCAACAAGCAGCCACAGCAGCAACAACGGCACAACCAUUCGGGCAGCACCGCUGGCAACGCUCAAGCCAAACUGCUCAGCUAUAUCGGAAAAGCGACCACCGGUGCAGGGAAGAAGGAUUCGUGUCCGUUCUGCAAGGAACAAAAGAAGCGACCGCUUGGCGCGUACAUGCGCAAGCGUGGCCAGCGCAUCACGUCCGAAAGCAUCAGUGAAGACGCCGAAGAAUGUAACGAGCUGCGCGAGGAGGACGAGGAAGAGGACGAAUGCCCGACCGGCUCGUCGACGCUCGCCGGCAGUCCGUCCAACGAUCACCAACAUAUGCACCGGAACAUUACCGGUGCGAGCGGAUUCAAUCGUCAGGAAUCAAUGGAAGGCAAAUAGUCGGUACUACCCUCAGGGCGCAUCAAACCGGGGACACAAUCUAUCAGCAUCACAGUUUUAUGUUAUUUCAUACUGCAAUAGUUCUAUGAUAGCGGAAGAUCGCAGACGAUCUUCUGCAAUACGCAAAAUCAAAUGUGGAAAACGUUUGGCCCGAGCAGGGAGGAUCGUUUUGACUCAACCACUCCCGCUGGAACGUUCUCGACCUAGUUUUGAUCAUAUAAAGAGAAUGUGCGGAGAGCUGCAAGAUUACGCCACUCAUCUCCGGCGUAUGAAUGAAAAUGAAAAUCGAAUGAAAAAACCGCAGAGAGAAUCAUAAGACACAGCGUACCACUGGUGGACGGACGCGGUAGGACGAUGCAAAAAGACUGAUCUAUAUUAAUGCAGCUGGAAGAAACAGAACUUUGUCAGGGCAGAAUGUAUUUUUAUAAACAAAACAUCGUUUUAGCACCCCGGGCUGAGUCACUUGGGAUUCUCAUGCGAUACAUGCCACUAAAUUGGUGGGCCGAUUAGCAUUUGGCCGCGUGCAGCAAGCGUGCUGCUCGUGGCACAAGCUGGCAGUUGGAUUCAUAGAUCUUGAACCCCUGGUUCGUAGCAUAUGAUGAUAAGUUUUAUUAUUGUUAUAUAUAACGCAUGUUUAGAAGAAAUUAUUGGUCAGGGCAGAAAAUCGGAUUGCUUGCUAACCGUAAAACUGUUCAUCAUUAAGCCGAGGGAGCAUAGAGAAACUAGACUGUAAGCCUGUAACUUUAGUUUGAAAAUCACGUUGCAAAAUUGCACGCCUUCGCAGCCCAUCUUUAUGCAAUGAAAUAAAAUGGUUAAUCUUUAUACUGGUA